UUUGCAAUUUGCUGUAAUUCUGAUGUCAUAGCAACGAAAACAAGGUGGUUUCAAAAUCUUGGAAAUUAUCACAUAAAUUUGAUAAUAUCGCUCAAUCAACAGAGCUCCAAUAUGGAUCCUCCAUUGACAGAAAAAGACAAGAGCAACACAAGUAUCAAAAGUACAAAGGAUGGUUCAAGUUCAAAACCAACAUCCAAGGCUGGAUCCCGUGCAGGGUCUGCUAAAAGCAGCAAAAAGGGUGCAGGAGAUGAGAAAAAGGAAAACAUUCCACCCCCAUCCAAUGAUAUGAAAGACAAUCCUGCUGCAGAUAUGAGAAACAUGAGACGCAUCAUUGCCGAGGAUCCUGAUUGGUCCCUCAUGACAGUUCCUCUACUUUGGGAAAUAUGUAUACAGUUUAUCGUUAAUAAUUUUGAAAAUAACUCAGAUAUUCUCAAAGAUCUUCUUUCGAAGCACAAAUUAAAAGUUUUGGAAAGGAUCUCUACAGAUUUGCCACUCAAAGUUACGGCAAAUCUCAUCCAAGAUGAAGGCUACUGGAAGAGAUGCUGCAAAGCUCGCUGGCAAAUCUGCGAUGUCUCCAAAUAUGGAGGAAGCUGGAAAAGGAUGUAUUUUGAACGUAAUCUACAACAUAUAAUUGAACAUUUCGUCCCUGAGAAUUCCGACGCUACAGAGUUAAAUGAGACUCUACCAUUGUCUGCCAACUAUAUUAAAACACUUGAUAUUAAGCAGCUCUUGCCUCCAGUAAAGGAAGCCCCUAAAGGUCUUGAUGCCAUUGAUGAUAUGUCUGACACAGGCAGUGAUGCUGGCGAUGGUCCAGAAACUGAUCAUUUUGAUUUUGCCCAGGUCCUCCCAAAAUUACCAAAUCUUGAAGAGUUCAGACUUACAUAUGGAGUCAAAGACUGUGGAAUGAAUUUUGAAUGGAAUUUAUUUCAGUUUACGCAGAGAGAUUGCUUAUUGUUAGCCAAAACUGUUGCGACUUGUAAAAAUCUCAGAACAUUUCAAUUACACAGGAGUAAACUAGAUGAUGAUAAGGUCCGUGUUUUAAUCAGCCAUCUACUUGAUCACCCAUCACUUACUGAACUAGAUCUAUCCCAUAAUAAAAUUGAUGACAGAGGUGCGAGAGCUGUUGGAAAACUCCUAAAUGGCCACAGCCAACUUGUGUCUCUGAAUCUCUGCGAUAACCAGAUACGGUCUGCAGGGGCUCAAGCUAUUGCCCAUGCCUUAACCAAAAACACCACAUUACAUUCACUUAACAUCCGACUGAAUCGACUAGGAGAUGAGGGUGGGCAGCCAAUUUGUAGAGCCUUGUUGAAGAAUACAACAUUAAAUGAGUUGAAUCUUGGUAGUAACGACCUGACGGAGCCUACUGCUGCAUUGAUGGCACAGGUUGUCAUCCAGAACUCCACUUUAAAGGAGGUAGACCUAUCCUGUAAUAGAUUAGGCCCUGAUGGAGGUAAACAACUUCAAGAGGGAAUGGAGGAGAAUUCCACAAUCACGAAAAUGGACCUCAGGCUGACAGAAUGUGGACAAGAAUCGGAAUACUGCAUCAAUCAAAUCCUAAAUAGGAAUCAGGAGACGGAGCGUGAAAUGUUACUAAACCAGAAGAACGCUAAAAGAUAAUUGACUUUAACAAACUGAACUAAAACAAUUUCGAAUCUGAAACUUGGAAUGAACAAACAAUGAAAUACAGCGAAUGUGCAGUACAAAGCAAAGAGAGGAUUGAAAAAUAUUACUUUUUAAGAUGUUUCAAUGUGAAAUAGUAACAGAAUAUUUUUGAAAAAAUCCAUACUCAAUGGAUAUCAGAGUGAUACAUGUUUUAUUUCUGGCAACAAAAAAUUGCAUAAAUGUUCUAUUCUUUACAAUGAUGUACAGUAAAACCUGUCUUGAAAGACUUUCAGCUGAGACACUGAUUUAAAGUGCCCAAACAUUCAGCAGUUUAUAUUUUAGAGGCACAUUUAUGGGUUUAACUGUUUUUAAAUAAAUAUGUACAAAUUGCAAUAUAAUAUUAUAUAACGCCAGAAUAGACCAGGAUUUGAUCAUACUGUUUAGACAGUAAAUCUGUAUUCAAGUCAUUGUUUAUAUAUCAAGAGAUUUGGAAUGUUUAUAAUAAAAAACGUACUAAUAUUUGUAAAUAGCGAAGUAUAUGGCAGAUUUAUAUUUUUGAUGGCUGUACAAAAAUGUUGAUCUAAAGCAGUGAUAGAAAAUAAUAUAUACUAUUGCAUUGAAUUAUUUGUUGUAUGUUUGAUUUGACUUCUUUAAUUUGCAAUUUCAUAAACCUGUUUCAAACAGAGAGUAUUUUGAUAAGAAAAAGGUCCACUUUCAUUUUCCAAUAUUGCAUCUAGAGUGAGGUAUAAUUAUAAUUUUAAAUCAAGUCUGCACUCAAUGUAAUAACUAUUAACAUUUGUCUGCAUUACUCAGUUUGUUUCAAAAAUACAUUAUUU